AUGGGGAAGAAAGGAAGCAGCUGGUUUUCGUCAGUUAAGAAAGUUUUCAAAAAUUCUUCUAAGGACUCACCGGACAAAAAGAAGGAAUUAAUUGGGGAGAAAUGGCAGCAACAUGAUGCGGCAGAGGUUGUGUCGUUUGAACAUUUUCCUGCAGAGAGUUCACCGGACAUCACCAACGACGAGUGCACCACUGUAUCAUCAACUCCCCUCAAUUCUGAUAAAGAUAGAAACCAUGCCAUUGCUGUUGCCGUGGCAACCGCUGCCGCUGCUGAAGCUGCUGUUGUCGCUGCACAAGCCGCCGCUAAAGUUGUUCGAUUGGCCGGCUAUGGACGCCACUCUAAGGAAGAAAGAGCUGCAACUCUCAUACAGUCACAUUACAGAGGCUACCUAGCUAGACGUGCGCGACGUGCUUUGAAGGGAUUGGUGAGGCUACAAGCAUUGGUGAGAGGCCAUAAUGUGCGAAAGCAAGCACAAAUGACAAUGCGGUGCAUGCAGGCAUUAGUGCGUGUACAAGCCAGAGUUCGAGCUCGACGGCUCCAAUUAACCAAAGGCAAGCUUCACAACAAGGCAGAUCAGGAUCAAUAUUAUGACGAGGAUGACGAUGAUGAACACGAAAGAAGAGCAUUUAUGGAGGAAGCUGAAGAGCAAAAGCUCAUGAGUCCCAUGAAGAAAUAUGAAAUGCAAAGUAGGAAUGGCACCACUAGGCAUCAAACCUUCAAGGAAAAUGCCUCAAAGAAACAUGAUGCUGAGGUCAAAAGAGAGAGAGCUCUCGCUUAUGCUUAUAGCUACCAGAAGCAGCAACAACUUCUACAACCCACUCAUGAUGGUACUGAAUUUGGGCUCCAGCCCAAUCAGAGUGAUAAGGCCCAAUGGGGUUGGAAUUGGCUCGAGCGUUGGAUGUCAUCGCAACCCCACCAGGUCCGCCACUCAGGACCACGAGAUACCUCUUAUGGGACAAACAUCACCACCACAACAACCACCGAGAACAUGUCUGAGAAGACAGUUGAAAUGGACACCGUCGCAGCUUCGAGCUCGCCUCACAUCAAUAUGGGCCUACUCAAUCAGGACAUGAUCGACUCAAACUCCUAUUCAACCCGGCAGCACCGCCGACAAAGCUCGAACAACGUCCCUAGUUACAUGGCCCCGACCCAAUCUGCUAAGGCCAAGGCACGAGGCCUAGGCUUAGGCAAGCAGCGCAGCCCGCCCACUCCUCAAUGGAACCCAUCAACAAAGAGAGGGUCUGUAAUUGGAUCGGGCUGUGAUUCGUCAAGCUCAGGUGGAGGGACAGCAACCUUCCUAAUCGCAAGAAGUCCAAGCCCAAAACACAAUGGACCACGUGGGCAGGCUAGAGGAGGUGUGGCCUUCGGCCCAGAUUCACCCCUUGGUGAGGAUUGGGGCCUACCUCUUGCUGUUCAUGGUUGGAGACAUGAUUACGACUAA